AGAGUUGAUGUUAUUUUAUAUUGGUGAUCCUCCUCUCGGAAAAGAGUAGUAGAGUUCAAGGCUUUUCAUAACUAUUAACAAUUUCAACGUGAAUCUAGCAAUCUAGCAAACAUGGAAAGUGCAUUCCGGUACAUAGGAAGCUCGUCGUUGAACGAAAAACUAUCAAUAAAAAUUGGCACAUUGGAAGGAGAAAACGUGGGGCAUUCGUUUGAACAGCUCAUAGAACAACCAUUGCUUAAAUUUUCCGGAAUGUAUACAGAGAAAACUCCUGCGUUAAAGGUGAAACUUGCUAUUUUUGAUAAUGGAGAAGCGGUUGGAUUACCAAUUUGCACUUCACAUAAGCAUUUCACCACCCGUUGGAGUUGGAACGAAUGGGUGACAUUGCCCCUCCGGUUCACGGACAUUUCACGUAAUUCUGUGCUGGGACUAACCAUAUACGACUGCGCUGGUGGCCGGGAGAAGACGACAGUCGUUGGAGGGACGUCGAUAACUUUCUUCAGCACUAAUGGCUUGUUUCGCCAGGGAUUGUAUGACCUUAAAGUAUGGCCACAAGUGGAGCCAGAUGGAAGCACCGAUUCCUCGACCCCGGGAAAAUGCGCAAAUGCGGGCGUUAGUCAGAUGCAGCGACUCUCAAAAUUGGCUAAAAAGCAUCGAAACGGACAGAUGAAUAAGAUUGACUGGUUGGAUCGUCUCACCUUCCGUGAGCUGGAGGUUAUCAAUGAGAUGGAAAAACGCAAUUCGCAGUUUCUGUAUCUGAUGAUAGAAUUUCCUCGAAUAUUCAUAGACGAAAAACUGUGCUCAGUAAUUUAUCUUGAAAAGAAUGUGCAUUCAAUCUUGACUCACACAUUGAAACCAAAGAUCGUGGUUGUUCCUGAUUGCGAAAUAGACCAGGAAAAUCUCGUAGAGCGUAAACACCAUCGGCUUUCACGGUCGGCAAGGGCUGGGACUUCGGACAGAGAUGUCAAACCCAACGCAAUAGUACGGGACACUUUGAAUUCCAUCGUUUAUCGAUACUCGCCGACGUACCCGCUGAGCAGCGAGGAACAAGACAUAAUUUGGAAGUAUCGAUUCUAUCUUAGUACGCAUAAGAAAGCGCUCACCAAGUUUUUGAAAUGUGUGAAUUGGGAAACCAUGACGGAAGUGCGGCAAGCACUAGCUUUGCUUGAAAGUUGGGCUCCUAUGGACGUGGAAGAUGCGCUUGAAUUACUCAAUUCCAGUUUCCGACAUCCCGUAGUCAGGAAGUACGCCAUCACUCGCCUGAACGAGGCCUCGGAUGAAUAUCUCUUACUAUAUUUACUUCAACUCGUGCAAGCCUUAAAAUACGAGUUAUUUGAAGAAGUGAAUUAUGUAUCUAAUCGUGAACUUGCUAAAGGCAGAGAAAUAUUCCAUUCGUAUGAUGAUUCCACUGUGGUUAAAUAUGACGAUGGACUCCAGGAAUUAGGAACAUCAAGGAAAAACGAUGUGACGCAUCGCUGCGAACCCAGCAAUGUAGACAACUUGGCUAAUUUUGUGAUUCAUCGUGCCUGCAAAGACCCUGUUUUAGCCAACUAUCUUUACUGGUAUUUAACAAUUGAGUGUGAAGACGAAAAGAGCAGUAAACAAGAUGUAAAAAUACGUGAAAUGUAUGUUAACGUCCUUCGGAAGUUUUUGAAUAAUUUGUAUACAGGAUCACCAGAGAUGAAAACCAUGCACGCUCAGUUAAAAGAACAGCAACAUUUUGUUGAUCGACUUGUAACACUAGUGAAAAUUGUUGCUAAGGAAUCGGGCAAUCGAAAGAGAAAGACGGAAAAGUUUCAGCAAUAUUUGGCCGAAUCCAGUUCGUCAGGUUCAGCUAAAAUUAACUUCAACCAUUUUGGACCAAUAGUCUUCCCUUUAGAUCCAGAUGUGCAGAUUGUAGGAAUCGUUCCAGAGAAAGUGUCCUUAUUCAAGAGUGCGCUGAUGCCAUCUAAGCUCACGUUUCUUACCACCACCGAUUCAGAGUACGUCGCCAUUUUUAAGCAUGGUGACGAUCUUCGUCAAGAUCAGUUAAUAUUGCAAAUGAUUACAUUAAUGGACAAACUGCUACAAAAAGAGAACCUCGACCUGAAGUUAACCCCCUACCGGGUGUUGGCCACUAGCUCAAAGCACGGUUUCAUGCAGUAUGUGGACUCAGUCACAGUUGCCGAUGCUCUUACUUCCGAGGGAAGUAUACAUAAUUACUUCCGCAAGUUUAAUCCAUGUGAAGCAGGUCCAUUCGGUAUAUCGGCUGAGACAAUGGAUACCUAUAUUAAAAGUUGUGCAGGAUACUGCGUAAUAACUUAUUUACUAGGCAUCGGAGAUCGACAUCUUGACAAUCUACUGCUAACGUCAUCGGGAAAGUUGUUUCACAUCGAUUUUGGUUAUAUUCUCGGUCGCGAUCCGAAACCAAUGCCCCCGCCAAUGAAACUGAGCAAGGAAAUGGUUGAGGCCAUGGGAGGUAUUAGCUCCGAGUACUACCACACAUUUCGCAAGUUAUGCUACACAGCAUUUUUGCAUCUUCGCCGUCAUGCAAAUGUUAUGCUUAAUCUGUUUGGCCUAAUGGUAGAUGCAUCCGUGCCAGAUAUUGCACUCGAACCAGAUAAAUCUGUUAAAAAAGUUGAAGACAACUUACGGCUUGAUCUGUCUGAUGAAGAAGCUGUACAACAUUUACAAAACCUGCUAGAUAUUUCUAUCACUGCUGUUAUGCCUGCCCUUGUGGAGCAGAUACACAAGUUGGCCCAAUAUUGGCGUAAGUAAUAACUAAACUAUGUGGAUUGCUCGACCCAAAAAAAGUUGACUCAACAAGCUAACU